AUGCCUCAUCCAGGCAACAUGACGGGGCUGUUCAACAACUUAUCCUGCCAGCACUCCAUCGACGACUUCCGAAACCGAGUCUACUCCACGCUCUACUCCAUGAUCAGCAUCGUGGGCUUCACCGGCAACGGCGUCGUGCUCUUCGUCCUCAUCAGGACCUACCGCCAGAAGACGGCCUUCCAGGUGUACAUGCUCAACCUGGCUGUGUCUGACUUCCUCUGCGUGUGCACCCUCCCCCUGAGGGUCAUCUACUACGUCCACAAAGGGAACUGGUUCUUCAGCGACUUCCUCUGCAGGAUCAGUUCGUACGCGCUCUACGUCAACCUCUACUGCAGCAUCUUCUUCAUGACCGCCAUGAGCUUCUUCCGUUGCAUAGCCAUCGUGUUUCCAGUCCAGAACAUCCACUUGGUGACGGAGAAGAAGGCUAAGUUGGUCUGCGUUGGCAUCUGGAUUUUUGUCUGCCUGACGAGCGCUCCCUUCCUGCGCAACGGCACCUACCAACACGACAACAAGACCAAGUGCUUCGAACCCCCCGACGACUCCCAGAAGAAAAACGUGGUCGUCAUCCUGGAUUUUAUUGCCUUAUUUGUGGGGUUUGUUUUCCCCUUCGUCGUCAUCACCAUCUGCUACGCCAUGAUCAUAAGGACCUUGCUGAAAAAUUCCAUGAAGAAGAACCAGGCCAACCGCAAGAAAGCCAUCUGGAUGAUCGUCAUCGUGACGGCCACCUUCCUGGUGAGCUUCACCCCCUACCACAUCCUACGUACGGUCCACCUCCACGUCCUGAGGCUGAAGAGCACCAGCUGUGAGAACGCCAUAUACCUCCAGAAAUCCGUGGUGGUGACCCUCCCCUUGGCAGCUGCCAACUGCUGCUUUGACCCACUUCUCUAUUUCUUCUCCGGGCGCAACUUUCGGAAGAGGUUGACCACGUUUAGGAAGGGUUCAUCCUCCAGCGUGUCGCAAGCCUUCAAGAAAAAGUUCUCCCUCAAAGAGAGAGAGGAGGAACCCUUUGGAGAAACGGAGAGGGAGAAUGGAAAGGCGGCCGUGGCCUCUUCGUAA